AUGACCCUGGUGUCGGGGUUGAUGGAGUGCCUGUGUUUUGCGGGGGCGUUCACGGGCUGGACCUCCCUGGUGUUCGUCCUCAAAGAUGAGGGCUACUACAGUGACUUGUGCGUCAAUGCCACUAGCGCAAACAGCAGUGUGUUCACAGACUGCAGUGCUCAGGACUCAUGGCUGUCUCUGGUCUACACCAUAGGCAUAUGUGUAAAUAAUACGCUUGCAGUUCCCAUGGGAUUAUUCUUCGACAAGUUUGGCACCAUGGCAGCGAGGAUUUUGGUGAUAUCACUCUACACCGCUGGUACUUUGAUGCUGGCCUUCUCCAGUGCAGAUGUACCCAUCUUGGUCUUCCCAGCUGUUCUCUGUAUCAUUUUAGCUGGACUGACACUCAUGAUAACUAAUAUUCAGACGUCCAACUUAUUUGGCUCCCACCGAUCUACCAUCAUGGCUCUGCACACGGGGAUGACGUGCAGUGGUUCAGGGGUCUUCCUCAUUGUCAAGGUGCUGCAUGAAAAAGGGGUUUCUCUGCGCUCGUCGUUCCUCUUCAUCUCCGCCUGCAGUGUCAUCCACGUCCUCCGGACGUUCCUCCUCCUGCCCAAGACCCACAUCCCCUACCCCCUGCCUGAGAACUACACUUAUGGAACAGCCUGCUGUGGCCAGUCCAAUGGCACGGCACAGGAGGAGGUGGGGAUGACACCGGCCAAUGGGAAUGCACAGGAGGAGGUGGGGAUGACACCGGCCAAUGGGAAUGCGCAGGAGGAAUCGGGGAAGGCACCGGCCAAUGGGAAUGCGCAGAGGGCAAUGGAGAGAGAGACUGCCCCCUAUCAGCCAUGGCCACGGCCACCCCAAAGCUCAGCAGUCAACGGACCAAGUUUCAGGAGCUGUGUCCUCUCCUGGUUCUUUCUCUCCCACUUGGUCUGGUUCUCGGCGUGUCGCUUAACGUGUGAAUUUCUCUACGUGUCUCUGAAUUCCAUGAUCACCCACCUGGCAGAUGGAAACGUCGUCCACGUGAACAGGUACACCGAUGCGUUCGCCAUCGUGCAGUUGUGUGGGGCGCUCUGUGCUCCCUGGAACGGACGCAUCAUGGACAGAAACAAGGGCAAGCAGAGAGCCCCAGGGGAGACGGAGAAGGAGGCAGACCUGCGAUCCUCCGCUCUCUCCCUCUUCAUCACGGCUCUCCUUAGCCUCCUCUUCUGCGUGUGCGCCUCCAUCCCGGUGCUCCCUCUGCAGUACCUCACCUUUGCCCUGCAGGUCACCUGCAUCUCCUUCCUCUAUUCCGGUAACUCGGCCUUAAUCAGCAUCGCGUUUCCCUCCUAUUUUUACGGACGGUUGCACGGUCUCAUCACAUUCCUGUGCACGUUCGUGGUGCUCCUGCACUACCCCCUGAUGAUUGUCGUCACUGACAUCCUGCAGGGAGACCCUCUGUAUGUGUUUGUUGGGCUCACUUUUGUGACCCUACUCAGCUUCAUCUACCCUCUCUUCAUCUACCUCCACUGCCGACGACUGGCUGCCCACCGCUGCAGUCUAAACCCCUCCUAGCAACUGCCUGGCUGCGCCAUGACAAAGCCUCAUUUCUGAGAACAUUCCAGAGAAUCCUCUCCCUCCCCAGCCAGGCCCUUCACUGGAGAUGCGUUUUAAGCUGGGUCAUACUGUUUUGUUUUUUUUUUUACAUUUUUUCCAGAUUUUUCCCUUUUUCUCCCAAUUUGGUAGCCAAUUGUACCUCGUCUGAUUCAAUUGGAGGUAGUCGUAUUAGAUGUACCGCCCGUACCCCGUCCCUCGGCGGCCCGAAUGAGAGCGACACGCCUUCUUCAAGCCGUCUCGUCUUGUGCCCGUUGCCGUGAUUAUGUUUUUAACCCCAUCCACUCUGUCCACCUGAUGUCUGAAAUUAUUGUUUAUAAUUCAUAUUUAUAUCGUACAAGAAACCGUGAUGUAA